CAUAUAAUUUAGCAUUUAACUAUUAACUAAAAAACAAAAAAUUGGAUAAUAUGGUUACUUAUAAGAAAGAAACACAGAUCAUUGCGCUUCUUUGUGCUAUUCUGCCUAUUGCAUGCGAGAACUUCAAAGUGAGGGAGCAUAGCUUAAUUCGGCCCUUUCAAGGCGUUGGCGUUAUACUACCUCACUGGGAUUUUCUCGGCAAUACCAUGGUGACGAGCAACUAUAUAAGACUAACGCCAGAUAUGCAGUCUAAGAGCGGUGCGCUAUGGAACUAUUCGCCCGUCAUGUCGCGCAAUUGGGAAGUGCAUGUAUCGUUCAAAGUCCAUGGCAAGGGCACAGAAUUGUUUGGCGAUGGAUUCGCAAUUUGGUAUACAAAGGAGCGCAUGAAAACCGGGCCUGUUUUUGGCAGCAAGGAUCAUUUCUCUGGCCUGGCCAUCAUAUUGGAUACAUACAGCAAUCACAAUGGUCCACAUAAUCAUCAGCAUCCCUAUUUAAGCGCCAUGGUGAAUAAUGGCACAUGGAGCUAUGAUCAUGAUCGGGAUGGUACGCACACACAACUUGCUGGUUGCGAGGUUCGGUUUAGAAAUGUGGACUAUGAGACGCUCAUUAGUAUACGCUAUGAAAACGAUAUACUCUCCGUGUCAACGGAUCUCGAAAAUAAGAACGAAUGGAAAAACUGUUUUGUUGUAAACAAUGUGGAAUUGCCUACAGGUUAUUACUUGGGCAUGUCUGCUACGACGGGCGACUUGUCCGAUAAUCAUGAUAUACUCGGUUUUAAGUUUUAUAGCGUCGACUCAAGUGAUACGCACGAACAAAUAAUGAGUCGCACCAAUAUUAUACCGAAUGCCAAGACUUUUGAGCCACCACGCGAGCACAAAGACGAUCCGAAACCGGGCAUGUCCAAUGCGAAAAUUUUCUUCAUUUUACUCUUUGGCAUGGUUGCCGCCGUAGGCGCAGCUAUCUUCGGCGUAUCGUACUUCAAGGAUCGAAAUUCGAGAAAGCGCUUCUACUGAGAUUGGCGGCAUUGGAGAAAUUCCCAUAAGCAUAGUCUACCAAAACAUCAUGUUAUCAGCGACCUCAAGAUUGAUUUUGACUUUAUAAGUGAUUUUUAUGUUAGUUUAUUUUUUGGACUGUAUGCUAAACCAUGAUGAUCUUUCGCAUAAGUUUUAGGUGUUCCACAUUUUCAUUUAAUGGAUUUUUCCCUCUAAACCCUCUUUUUUACGUAUAACUUAUUUAUAAAGUGGUGUGAGCAACAGCAAAGACACAAAGCAACGGAUCGUGGUAAAUUUAAGUGCAAAUUUUUAAUUUGAAUGAACUAUAGGAAAAUUGAGAGCGUAAUAAUAAAACCGCUGUUUGUGUAUAUUGUAUAGGCAAGAUUCAAAAUAAAACUACAGAAAAGUA